CACAGGCCGUUCCUCGGUUGCGUCUCGAGUAUAAUACUGUUCGCGCUUGAAACCACGCUAAAUCGCAGUAUCCCCAGGUGAUGCACGGUCUGGGAGCCGCUUCCCUCGAGGGUGACAUUCGUGGUGACACGCGGGUUUCCGGUACCGCGUCCUCUGUGUCGGGGUUACGCUCCCCGGGAAACGGCAUGCUCAACAACAUACACGGUAUCUCCGGAGCAAAGGAUCUUCUUGCGCAAGACCUGAAGAGGCACGAGAAGUUGGACGGCGUGCUGGGAGUGGAUUUGGGGUCCGGGUUGUCCGCCGGCGUUGGCGUUGGCCUCACGAUUCAUCAGGAUAUAAUCAUGACCAUGCCUGGCGCGGGAAACGCGGUGGCUCUCGGGCCAGGCGACGACAAGCCUGCGAAGCAGAAGCGACAUCGGACAAGGUUCACGACAGGUCAGCUGAACGAGCUCGAGAGAUGUUUCAAUAGAACUCACUAUCCUGACAUCUUCCUCAGGGAGGAGAUAGCCGUGAAAAUCGGGCUAACAGAGAGUCGAGUCCAGGUGUGGUUUCAAAAUCGUCGAGCGAAGUGGAAGAAACGGAAGAAGUCCACGCCAGUGUUCCGUACACCUGGUACGUUGCUGCCUUCUCACGGUCUGCCUCCGUUCGGCCCGAUAAGCUCUGACUUCUGCGGCGCUGGGAUGUUCCAUGGACCAACUGAACGAUGGGGAAUGGGAACAGGUUUCGGGCAAUUGGGGCAGGGAGGCAUGGAAAUGGGUGGUUUCGGACAAAGUUUAGGGCAACUUGGCCAGCAAAGCACGAAGUGCCUCGGCCCGAGCUUGGGUCUUGGUAAUUCUGGCCUCCCGAUCAGCAGUCCGUCGCAGACCGUCUAUCAAGCCAGUUACGGACUAAAUUCCCUUGGGGGUGUGCAUGUGACAGCGUCCCGGGGCUCCUCUCCGGGUGGAUCCAGCGUGGGUCAGGGAGGCGGGCUGGGCUCGGCCUUGAACUGCGGCCAGGGCUCGCCAGGGACGACUUCCGGCAACGGGGGCGGCGGCGGCGGCGGCGGUGUUUCCUGCGUGGCAGCAGAUGUGAACGCGAACGAGACGUCGGAUUGGAGAGGCGCCCACAGCAUCGCGGCGCUCAGGCGUCGCGCCUCGGACACGUCGCAGCAGUACAGUCCACAACCGCCGCCGCCAGCUGGACAGCCGCAAUACGCCGACAACAUGCAGUAUAAUUCCGUUUACUGAGGUGCUUCGGAUUUACGCCAGGUAUCGACUCUACGAUAAGUUCUGUCGAGGAAACAGUUCAAACAGAGUUGCCCUCUUUGUGGACAGCGCGUUCCGAGCGGUCAAUGUGCAGGGUAGCGGGUCGAAGUAACGCGUGGCGGGACGGAAGACGUUGUUCGUAUGACGAGGAUUUCUCCUCUGCCAGGGGUAGUCGCUCGAGGAGCUUUCACGUUCGCGACACCAGGUGUAGGCAUUCGUUUUCAGCGAUUUCAACUAUCGACAGCGUCGUGACACGGUCUUCUUACCGCCGAGGUGUUUCCGUCGAGGUGCUGAAGUCAGGCGUGGUCCGAGAGUAAGAAAGAAGGCUUCGGGGUACCAUGUUCGAGGAAAAGAUAGGAGGUCGAAGCAAUCGAACGACGGAGACGCGAGAACCCGUGGUCUCUGUCGAGAUGACAUCAGAACAUAGGACUCACAGCAACAACGAAUUUUUGUCGAUUUCUGUAAUCAUAAUGGGAAGGCACGUUCUCUUGGCGCUGGACUGAUUCGUGACUCGUCUUAAGUGGUUCUCCGCUGCGAUUAAAGAGAUAACGUUUUAUCGAUGGGGUUAGUGGACUGAAAGUACGUUUCUUCCUUCGACAACACGUGCGAUGGCGAAGUCCAAGUAACAAGAUCGCUACUAUAAAGUUUUCGAUUGAAAACACGUUGAAGUAAGGAAGCUUCCGUAUUACGAACGAAACAGUUGCUUCGUUACGAGAACAUACAACGUGUAACGACAUCUUUGAGAGGAUCCGUGUCACAUCAAAGCUGUGCAACGCUGAGAAGACGCGAUGGUUGCUUGAUAUGCGCAUAUUAUCAGCGCACGAAAAGAAUGCUACUCUGCCCCUGGAGUUGCCGAAUCCUAUUCAGCGCUUUCCAAGGGGCGGAAUCUAUGGCAUUCUUCUCGCGCGUCGACAGUAAAUGUACCAACUCUAUCACCGAUAUUCGUCGGACGAUUUGCUAUGGUCCCCGUAUUCGUAAUAUUUCAAUUAAGGAUUGAAAACGAAAAUUUUAAUUACUGCUUGGUGUAAAUAAAUUAUUCCGAGGUGAAGUCGUUCCGAGGAGUUGUAACGUUGCAACUACUUCAUUCUGGUCCUCCUUGCAAGCAGUAAAACAGCACUUAACAACGAGUAAAGAGGAAUGUACAGAAAAGUGUAGAUACUUUUGUUCAUUCCCUAAAGAGGACCAGAAUAAAAUGGGUGAAACUGUAAGAUGCUUGGACUGACUUUACCAUAUAAUAACAAAGAUUCCAAAAUUUGUACCAGCACGAUUGCUUCACCGAUAAUGCGAAACGAUUAAUUUAAUUUAAUUCCCCUACUUGUACACCCGAUCGAAAAAAACUUGUUCGUGACACCAAAGACGCAAUUGAACGCACGUUCCGAUUUCUAAUUGCUAUAUUGCGAUUGAUGAACCGAAUUCCACCGAUGAAUAAUUGAGAACGUACCCUUCGUUGUAUUGUACGCGCGAGAAAGAAGUGCCAUGGCUCGUUGCAUGGGCUUGUGACACUUUUCUCGCGCACGCAUGCUAGCAUGAACGAGUUCUUUUCGCGCGGAACAUCGCCCUUAUUUCGUCCACAGUCUGAUGUAUUAAUCGUACAUAAUACGCAUGUAUAAUUACCUGUUAACGUUUUGUAUUAUAUAUAAUUUUCCUCUGUAACGACAGACGACAGCUGCGAGCUUUAUUUAACCGAAGUCUAAACGAACGAUUCGAGCGCACGCUUAGCGUUUAGAUGACGAAUCUACACGUCGCGGCACGGUGUAACGAAAAGUAUACGACAAGUUAAUAUAGUAUUAUGUAUGGCAUUGUAAAUAUAGGAAAAAAUUGGCGUGACAAAUAUUAUAGAUUACGGAUCGAUACUAUUAAGUUUUGCAUACGACGAGGCGGUCGCGCGCUGUUGCUCGGCUAAUCGGUGACGUUGCGUACGCGAUUCGUAAUCACUCGCUUCUGGAAAAAGAAACCUCGAUUCAGUUUCGUUCGUGGCUUUUUUAUGUGUAUAAAACGAAAGGAAAGCGCGUUUUCGCGACCUUUCCCGCGAUAUUUGUUUCGAAUCUUGUUGAUUUUUGUUCAAGCGAAUUGACCACUGUUCAACGAUUGCAUUGGGCUUUAAUAAGCGUGGACAACAAGUCGUAUAAGUUAUAUAGCGAACAGAAGCUAGUCUUUCUUAGUUUGGCUUCGUACUUCAGGCGCGGAUUGGAUAGGACAACGAAAUCGAGCGAACCCUGAAGACAGCCAAGGUGCGUACUAGGACAAAAUUUUGAAAAAAAUCGACUGUUAAAUGUUCGUUUGUUUCUUCUGAAAUAUUUUACUUUACGAUUAAUUUUCAUUCGACAAGUAACGAUAGGUGAGACUAACCGUUUUUAAAAAUUCUGCUCUCGUUAAAUUUGAAUUCCAUCCAGGGGUAUUCACCGCAGUUCUCCAGUCUACGUACCGUCGCGUCUUGCAUGAAAGGAACAGUACUUUGUGUAAUUAAAAGGCAAGUUAGCAGCUCCGUAUAUUACAUUCGUAAAUAACCUCCUCUAGAACACUAUAAAUAUAGAGAUUGUUCUGUUGUUGUACACCGAGGCGUAAGUUUUGUAAAUAGAGUAUACGUCUAAUAUUAAUAAUAAUUUAAUAUUGUAAGCGAACAUCCUCCCCCCCUAAUUACGGUCGAACGCGAGUAUACUUGGACAUUGUGAUAUUUUUGCCCCACACGCUGUUCCCGUGUUCUUUUCUCCUCCCUUAAACAGCGACGGAGCACGAUAUUGCAAGAAAACUCAAGUGGCGGUACCAGAUAACGGUUCGCGAUGGUACACGACGAUGAUCGAUUAUUCUAGUUACGAAUUUACGGUAGCAUUAGGUAAAAGUUAGUGAUAAAAUAUGAAAUUAACGAUAUGCAGUUGUCAGUGUAUUACUACGAAACGUAUACGAUUUUUAAUGUACAAAAAAAAAAAUAAUAAUAUAGCCGCGAGGUGACGAUGUGUUUACCCGGAAUAUUUCAUCCCGCUGGUGCGAUUUGUGUUCGGGAUGAAACAUGAUUUGUACUCGAACUGACUCUGACUCCACGUUCCCUCUUGUUUUGCCCUUCGUUCUUGGUGCGUCCAAAACCAUCGCAGGAAACAUCAUUAACCCCUAACCAACACCAAAAGUCAGUCACGUUACAACUGAUCAACCGUUCACAAUUAUAUACAAUUUCAACCGUCUUACACAGUCUAUAGUAUCGAAUAAACCAGUUCAUACAACCAUUCGCGAUUCAAACCACGCGUGACACAAUUUCAAUGCGAUUCUGUGACAUUACAUUGUGGCAGAAAAAUAUACUAACGAAUUUAAUAUAUUAUCCACGAGCGUCGAUCGACCCUGCAUUCGAUCAACAACUCAACGCUCAACAGUUCUUUCUUCCCUUUCUGUCGUUCACCAACCCCCCGAUACAUAUUUUCUACGCUACUGACUUGCACAUUUUUAUACAUAUUUAAAUAAGCUCGAAUACUGUAAACACGACGACACAGGCGUCCCUCGAAAUUGCGUCAUCGCUUCCCGUCGAGAUGCGCGAAAGAUAAUAAUUAUUUAUUUAUCGUAUAAAAAUCAUUUUACGGAUCGAUUCUCUCGCGAAGGUGUCGCGCUUGCUAACGAUCGAAUUGAAUCACGAGACAGCCCCAGAGAUGGGCAAGAUUUUAUUCGAAUAACAGAUACGGCGUAGACAUUUAUUUGGAACGUUUGCUCUUGAUCGUUCAACGUAAAUAAAACAUAAUUUCGUUGUAUAACGUGAGCAACAAUUUCUGUGGAACGAAUAUUGGAUUAAAAGUUACGCUAUCGUUUAUUCGUUUCCUGAAAUUUUGUAUUCAGGCAGGAAUUUCGCCCAUCUCUGAUCAGCUCCCAUUCGCAUAACUCUAAUUGCGAUCGAACGAAAAGCAGACUUGAUAGAAUGUAUCACGAAAGAAUGGACUGACUUUAUCGCAUCUUUACCACGGAUCAUUAUCGUCGAUGACCUUAAUUAGUGAUAAAUAGAAAAAUUUUAAUUUUUAUCGUUGUAUA